AUGUUUGAGGAGCAGCUCGUCGCUUUCGAGGGGUCACCGGACCUUCUCAAUCUCAUUGGAGCUUCUAUUCUCAUUGAUCCAGUCGACUUUGUUGGGAUCCAGCAUGCGGGUCGAGACCUGGCCGACGACUUCGGUCGAGUGACGCGGGGGAACGCGAGUCCAUUCCAGCUCGUAGACGAGGCUGGAUUGAACCCUGUAGAAACAAGCACGGCGAUAAUCAUUGGCUGCAUCGAAUCGUGUUGGAUGCUGAGAAAGCUUGAGAAGGAAGGGAAAAUUGACACCGGUCCGAUCAAAGGAAAAUGGGAAUCAUUCCUGACUACAGUCGUUGACAAGCCGAUCACGGGAUGUUCCAAGGCCUUGGUCAUCGCGGGAAGUGACAAACGAGCUGCGAUAUUUGGCGCAUACACUUUGUCCCGCCAGAUUGGCGUAUCUCCAUGGUACUGGUGGGCCGAUGUCCCAGCCCAGUUUCACCCAGAUAUCUAUGCCCUUCCUAUCCAAACAUGCCACGGCGAGCCCAGCAUCCAAUACCGAGGCAUCUUCAUCAAUGACGAGGCACCGGCGCUGACAGGGUGGGUGCUGGAGAAAUUCGGUUCCUACAAUAGCCACUUCUACAAGAAAGUCUAUGAGCUACUUCUUCGACUAAAAGCCAACUUCAUGUGGCCGGCUAUGUGGCCCGGAUACCCCAAUCCGGGAGCUGUCUUCUUCAUGGAUGACCCGGAGAAUCAGCGCAUUGCAGAUGAAUAUGGAAUCUGUGUAUCGACUUCGCAUCAUGAGCCCAUGCAGCGCGCCACAACUGAGUGGUUUGAGGAGGAGCCACGGGCAGACGGGACAUGGGAUUGGACUAAGAGCCGAGAAGAGAUUAUCGAGUUCUUCCGUAAGGGCGUUCGACGAGCCGAGGGCCUCGAGUCAUAUUUCACAUUGGGUAUUCGAGGUGAAUAUGACAGAAGAAUGGUGACCGAUGAUCCUGGCGCUGUGAUCCGGGAUGUGCUCUUGCAGCAGCGCGCUCUCUUCAAGGAGGUCCAUGGACGGGAGGAUGCCGUUCCUCAGGUUCUUGCUCUUUACAAGGAAAUCCAGGAUCUCUACCAGGCAGGAGAGUUUACCGUACCUGACGAUGUGACUCUUUUAUUUGCGGACGAUAAUUUCGGCUCUCUUCGGCGACUGCCAUCCGGGGCUGAACUGACUCGUCCAGGAGGCGCCGGGAUUUACUACCACUUUGAAUAUGUUGGGGCGCCUCGGAGCUACAAAUGGAUCAACUCAAACUCGUUGGGGAAAACAUACCACCAGCUGCACGAAGCGUAUCGUCGAAAUGCGCGCAAAAUAUGGGUGUUCAAUGUCGGCGAUAUCAAGCCCAUCGAGGUUCCUCUUACCUUUGCCAUGGAAAUGGCAUGGAACAUCAACUCGGUACAGGAAGACAGCAUUCCUCGAUUCCUGGCCAAUAUUUCCACCGAAUAUUUUGGUGCGAAGUUAAGUCCUGGGAUUGUUGAUAUCUGGCACGAAUACGAUCGUCUCGUUCGUCUGCGCAGACAUGAACAUAUCGACCCAGAAACAUUCUCACUCCUAAACUACAACGAAGCCGAUGAUAUCAUAAAGCGGUGGAUUAAGCUCUCGUCAGCCGCAGAGACCAUCCAUGACCACGCCACCGAGGAACAAAAAGCAGCAAUCUGGGAACUCGUCGUCCACCCAGUCAAAGCCAGCACGAUAUUUACCCAGCUGCGAGUGACCCAAGCCCGGAAUCAGUUGCACGCCCGCCAAAGACGCAACACGGCGAAUAAACUCCUGCGAGAAGUCCUCGAUCUCUUUGACGCCGACUUCAAACUCUCGCAAGAGUUCCACUCGCUUUUGAAUGGUAAAUGGAAUCACAUGAUGUGUCAGAGCCAUCUCGGGUACGGCGAUACCUGGCAUGCGCCAUCGCGAGACGCGAUCUUCGGACUGGCUUAUGUGCAACGAGGCCAGGAUAGUAACCCGAUUGUGGGUCAGAUGGGUAUCGCUGUCGAGGGUCAUGAGGGCAUUCGAGCUGGCCGCAUCAAUGAAGAAAGCGAGCGUACUCACCCUAGUCGUCGGGAUCUGGUGCCUGGUUUGACAUUAGGACCAAUGAGUCGGUAUGGACCUGCAGGGCGCUGGUUUGAUAUUUUCACUCGAGGGACACAAAUGAUUCACUGGACCGCGUCGGCGCCUUAUCCGUGGAUUCGUCUUUCGUUAGACCAGGGAACUUUGAAUCCUGAUGGUAACGAUGCACGAAUCUGGCUCGGUAUCGAUUGGGACCAAGUUAAGACAGACUUUGAAGAGGUGGUUCUUAUUACCGUUAAGUCGACGGAGGGGGACUUUGAAAAUAUACAUCUUCCUAUUCAUGGUCACAGAAUUCCCGGCUCUUUCCAUGGCUUUGUUGAAGCAGACGGAUGUGUAUCCAUUCCUGCUUUUGGUGGCAUCAAAGCACCAUAUGUCCAUCACCAGGAGCUAGGACGAGGAAACCAAGGAUCAAUUACCAUUGGCAGCGAUGCUCUAGGAAUCGAGACUGCUGUCCCGUUUCUGGAGUAUCCCAUCUACACCUUCUCCGCCCGGGAGCUGACGACUGUUACUCUUUACUUCAAUAUGACACUUGACCUAGAUCCGAACGACAAAAUGUCCUAUGAUGUUGGGAUUGACAAUCAGUUUUCCACAUCUCACACUCUGGUCCGAGAAUCGACUGACAAAGCCAAACUUCCUGCAGAAGGCUGGUUAGAUGCUGUCAUGGAUUGUGUCUGGAAGAAGACUCACCAUAUUGGCUUUCUGGAUGCAGGUGUUCACAAAAUCCGGGUACGAUUGAAACAUCCAAACCUGCUUCUCGAGAAGAUCGUUUUAGAUCUCGGCGGCGUCAAGGAAAGUUACCUAGGACCGCCUUCGAGCUAUUUUGUGGCGCAUGAUUUCAAUUGA